AUGGAUGAAGGCGACGAUUAUGUACCACAAAUGAGCCAAAUGACAGACUACACAAUGAUGGGCGGUCCGCCGGUACCGCCGCCGGGACAACAUCAGCAACCACCGCCCGGCUCCAUGCCACAACAACAACGGUAUCCCGGGCAACCGAUGAACCCCUAUGAGCAGCACCAGCAUCAGAUGAUGAUGAUGCAACAACAACAGCACAUGCAUCAGAUGGCGCCUCCCGUGCAACCGCCAGUACCACCUCCGGCAGCUCCACCGCCAGCUAAAAAGCCACGUGGCAAGUCAAAAAAGGCGCAGCAAGCAGAAGCGGCGGCGGCUGCAGCAGCUGCACAAGCGAUGGAUCCGAUGGCAUCGAUGGCGGCGAUGUCAAAUAAUCCAAUGAUGAAUAGAAAUCCAUAUCCGGUAAGUCUUUAUUUACAGAACCAAAUGGGAAUGUAUGGAGGUGCUGGACCACCACCACAACACUAUCCAGGAGCGAAUGGACAACAAGGGUACCGGCCAGGACCCGCAUCAGGAGGACAACCACCAAAUCCAUACGCACAACCGCCACAACAAACACCGCCCACGUCUCAAAAUUAUAUGUACCAUCAACAGCAGCAGCAACAACAAAGAGGCGCGCCUCCGACACCCCAACAAGCUCAACCUGGAUAUCCACCGCCAUAUGGGUAUCCACCGCAACCGCCUCCCGCCUAUCCUCCAUCCCAACAGAGUCCAUAUGCACCACCACCUCAGGCAGCUCAUCAGAUGAGGCAUCCACAGUUCCCACCGCAUAGUCAGCAACAGCAGCAAGCGCCUCCAGGCUACUGGGACUCUUAUCCAGGAUACGGAGGGGCCCCUCCACAGCCUCCUGUCACGUCACAACCGAUGCCAUCUAAGAUGCCGCAACAAGAGCUGUGGGCUAGAGCGAAUCAAGAGUUAUUGGACAUAAUCAAUCAACUCGAAAAGUCGGUCCACGAUCACAAAGCUCGAAUUAAUCAGAUAUACACAAUGCCGAGAAACGCGACGGCAGAAGCAGAAGCUCAACAACUUCACGCUAAGCUUACCCAGCUUCAAGCCGACCACUACCGGUAUAGCCAACAGCUUCACCAUCAGCAACAACAACAACAGUGGCAGCAUCAGCAAGCGGCACACCAUCAGCCACCGACGUCUUCUCAGCAGGGACCAGUUCAUGUGGCACAGACUGGAAAUCAAGUGCAAUUAAAUAUCACUGCCGAUAAGUCUAGGACACUGAUAUCUGUCUAUCACGAAGGGUACGGUGGAUCUGGAGCAAGCUCAACGGAAUCCAAAGAAUCCAUUGUGCCGCCCGAGCCAACACCAUCCGAGGUUCCAGCUAAGAUCGAGGAGAAACCAGCUGGCUAUCCAGGGUCUUACAACGGAAUGGAGAAUGGGUCGUCGUCAUCUGGAAUGCCCUCGACGUCGAUGCCACCGAAUCCGUAUGCUCAGCCGUCGCAGCCGCCGCCACAACACCAGCAGGCGAUGUAUGCACAAUAUCAGCAGCAACAGCAUCAUGGUCAGCAGCAUCCACAACAGCAACAGAAUAUGAAUUCCGGCUAUCCUCCACACCACCAGCAACCUCCUCAACACCAACAGCAACUUCCUCACCAGCAGCAGCCUCAUCCAUCCGGUUAUGGUAUUGCCACUCCCAGUGGCUCCGCUCCUCCAAUAAAGCAGGAGCAGCCAAUGGAACCACAUCAACAUCAGCCGCAACAUCAACAUCAGCAGCCACAGCAGCAGCAGCCAUUCUCAGGGUAUCCGGAUUAUCCACCAUCAUCUUCAAAUUCUGGAUAUCAAAAGCCUGAGCAACAGCAACAGCAGUCACCUUUGGUCUCUGAUCCAGCGCCAAUGAUGUCUUCUCAGCCGCAGAUGAGUCAGGAAAUGUCGAUUCAGCAGGAAGCUGUAAUUGAAACACCGAAAAUCGAGGAGCCAUAUUUUGCGGCGGAGUCUCAGUCUGAACCUCAAGAAGUGAUAUCAACUACGGAAGAGAAGCCAGAAGUUCCGCAAGAAGAGGAAGAGGUGCCAACGACUUCGCAAGAAGUUGAGAAUCCUAAGGAGGAGGAGGAAGAAUCAUCUGUACUAGCUGAAGAAGUUCCAGAUGUGGAAACAGAAGAGGCUCCAUAUGUGAACGGGAAUUCAGAUGUUGCUCCUCAAGAAGAAGAGGAAGAAGAAGUAGAAGAAGUGCUUACUGAUGCUCCUGUAGAAGAAGAAGAAGAAAAAAAGGAACCUAUCCGGGAAUCAGAAGAGAGUACCAGCAGUGGAAACAGUAGUCAAAGCUCUCCCGGCCCUCCUAUCGCCACACCAGACGAAGAGACCACUCCAGUUCGCCUAGAAGAGAUUGAGAACUUCUCAGGAGUUCAGGAGACGUAUGGAGAAGAGGAAGAGGACGAUGAAGUUGAUCUAGCCUCGUCUGCGAAAUCAUCUUCUAAGGAUUCGAAAGAAGUGGAGGACGACGAUGAUAAUUUGUCGAUGAACACCAAAGAUAUGAGUGAGGCUCCCAGUGAGACGAAUGACGGAUUCACAGAACCAUCGACGCCUCUGAUGGGUGCGACGCCUUCCAGGAAGAAAUCAUACAAACGACCAGCUGUAGUUGUCGCCAAGUCUCGGAAGAAGAAGAGUCUUGACGAUUCAGAUGACGAUGAUUUUUAUCCGGCACGUGGAAGAGGUGGUGCAAAGAAACGAGGAGGCGGUGGAGGCGGAUCGAGAAAGAAAGUCGUUGAGCCAGUGGCGGAGAAUAACGGAGACGCUGCUCAAAAGUCAGAUGACGAUGACGACGAGUUUCUGAUGAAGAUAGAUGCACCAGCACCUGACCCAAAUGCGAUGGUUGUCGAAAAGAUUCUGAAUGUGAGGAUUCAAAAGGUUCAGGUUCCUAUUCAAAAAGCAGAGACGGAAGUUCCACUGAAAGAAGAAGGAGAAGAGGCUGCGGAGACUUCAGAAGCCAAAGCAGAGCCUACUACCAACGGUGCUUCAGAAGAGGUUCCAACAGAAGAAGUAGAACAGGAGCAAUUCCUCAUCAAAUGGAAAGGACGUGCCUAUUGUCAUUGUGAUUGGAAGACGCUUCCAGAGCUUCUGGAACUGGACAAGAGAGUUGAAGCCAAAAUAAAGAGGUUCAAGGCGAAGAAGGCGGUGUCAUAUAUAGAAGAUGAUGAGGACUUCAACUCGGAUUUCGUAAUUGUGGACCGAGUAGUUGACUACAUCAUUGAGGAUGACGGACAAGAAUUCGUUCUGAUUAAGUGGAAGUCGUUGGGCUAUGAUGAAGUGACAUGGGAACCCAUUGAGCAUAUUCCGGAGGAUAAAGUCGAGCUGUGGAGACAACGACAGGUUAUCGAUCCAGCGAAGGUCCGAGAUAAGCAACGUCCAGAGCCAGAAGAGUGGAAGAAGUUGAGUACGAAGAAAGUGUGGAAGAAUGGAAAUUCGCUGAGAGAGUAUCAGUUUGAAGGCGUUGAUUGGCUGCUCUAUUGCUAUUAUAAUGCCCAAAAUUGCAUUCUCGCCGACGAAAUGGGUCUGGGAAAGACGGUUCAAACGAUCACAUUUCUCUCACAAGUCUACGAUUACGGUAUCCAUGGACCAUUCCUAGUGGUUGUUCCACUGUCUACCAUCCAAAAUUGGGUCAGAGAAUUCGAAACGUGGACUGAUAUGAAUGCUAUCGUUUAUCACGGAAGCGCUCAUGCUAGAGAGGUUCUUCAGCAAUACGAAGUGUUCUACGAUAAGAGACACUGUGGAGCGAAGAAUUGGAAGAAGAAUUUCGUUAAAAUCGAUGCACUGAUUACCACCUUCGAAACUGUGGUUUCUGAUGUCGAAUUCCUGAAAAAGAUUCCAUGGAGAGUGUGUGUUAUCGAUGAGGCUCAUCGUUUGAAAAAUCGUAACUGCAAGUUGUUGGUCAACGGACUUCUCGCUUUCCGGAUGGAACAUCGAGUGCUUCUUACCGGAACCCCUCUACAGAAUAACAUUGAAGAGCUCUUUUCCCUCCUGAACUUCCUCCAUCCUCAACAAUUCGACAAUUCAGCAACCUUCCUGGAGCAAUUUGGAUCUUGUCAAACUGACGAUCAAGUUCAGAAACUACAAGAGAUUCUGAAGCCAAUGAUGUUGAGAAGACUUAAAGAAGACGUGGAGAAAUCGCUUGGUCCGAAGGAGGAGACGAUUAUUGAAGUUCAGCUGUCGGAUAUGCAGAAAAAGUUCUAUCGUGCGAUUUUGGAGAGAAAUUUCAGUCACUUGUGCAAAGGAACGUCUGCGCCAUCGCUGAUGAAUGUGAUGAUGGAGUUGAGAAAAUGCUGUAACCAUCCAUUCUUAAUCAACGGUGCCGAGGAGACCAUCAUGAACGAUUUCCGGCUGGCACAUCCAGAUUGGGACGAUGAGACUCUUGCUCAGAAGGCGUUGGUUCAAGCGUCCGGAAAGGUUGUUCUCAUCGAGAAGUUGCUUCCAAAACUGAGAAAGGAUGGUCAUAAAGUGCUGAUUUUCUCUCAAAUGGUGAAAGUGUUAGAUCUUCUGGAAGAAUUCCUGAUCACCAUGAGCUAUCCAUUCGAAAGAAUCGACGGAAAUGUGAGAGGAGAUAUGAGACAAGCCGCUAUCGAUAGAUUCAGUAAAGAGAACUCUGACCGCUUCGUCUUCCUACUGUGUACCCGUGCUGGAGGUCUUGGUAUCAACCUGACUGCCGCUGACACUGUCAUUAUCUUCGACUCAGAUUGGAAUCCUCAGAACGAUUUGCAAGCACAAGCCAGAUGUCAUCGUAUCGGGCAGAAGAAACUUGUGAAGGUGUACCGUCUGAUCACUUCGAAUACAUACGAAAGAGAAAUGUUUGACAAGGCUUCGUUGAAAUUGGGUUUGGAUAAAGCUGUUCUUCAAUCUACAACUGCUUUGAAGGCCGAGGGAACCGCAUUGAGCAAGAAAGAUGUUGAGGAGUUGUUGAAGAAAGGAGCCUAUGGAUCCAUUAUGGAUGAGGAGAAUGACUCGGCCAAGUUCAAUGAGGAAGAUAUCGAGACAAUUCUUCAACGAAGAACUCAAACGAUCACUUUAGAAGCCGGCCAGAAGGGAUCUCUUUUCGCCAAAGCCACAUUCAAUUCGACGCAUAACAAGGGAGAUGAUAUCGAUAUUGAUGAUCCGGAAUUCUGGACGAAAUGGGCAGAGAAAGCACAAGUCGACGUUGAGAAGGCCACAGCGACUCCGGAUGGCAGAGAACUCAUUAUCGAAGAGCCACGUAAACGAACCAAACGUUUUGAGGAGAACAAAAUGGAAGAUGUCGACUCGGAUGGUAGUGAGGAGUCUGGAAAGCGGAAGAGAGGAAAUCCAGAGAAACGAAAGAGGCGGAAAGGAGAAGAUGAGGAUGGCGACUAUUCGUCGAGCUAUCGGCCGGAUGAGUUGGCAACUAGCAAAGCAGAGUACUUCAAGAUGGAGAAGGUUCUUGCGAAUUAUGGAUGGGGACGAUGGGCGGAGAUUAAGAAGUAUGGAGAUUUGGAGAUAGAGGAACAAGAUAUUGAGCACAUGUCCAGAACACUUCUGUUGCAUUGUGUGAGAGAAUUCCGAGGAGACGAUAGAGUUCGACAGUUUGUGUUCAAUCUUAUCAAACCUAAAGAGAUCGGAGCGAACUCAAAGUAUAGUGCCGGUUCGAUGUAUAAUCAAGGAUGGGCGGCUCUUCCGGAAUUCAAUCCUCCAAGUUUCGCGUUGGAUUCCUCAUUCCAACGACACGUCCAUAGACAUGCCAAUAAGCUCAUGCAGAAAAUCGAUAUGUUGAAGCAUCUCGAAGUCUAUAUAAUUGCUGAAGAACGGUCGUUGGUAGAGGACUUUGAAGUCAAGUGGACGGAUAUCAAGCUCAAAGAGAUGCCAAUUGUAGCUGAAACGUUUGUGGAAGGCUGGGAUACCGACUGUGACAAGUGCUUCUUGAUUGGUUGCUGGAGACACGGCCUUGAGAACUUUGAUGCUAUGAGAGCCGACGAGAACCUGUGCUUCCACGAAAAGAACAUUCCUGCAUGGCCGAUUGCAACCGAGUUCUGGGUUCGAUUCCGACGAUUGCUCAGCACACACCAGCGAAGUAUUCAUGAUCCAGUUUACGAUAAGAGUAAAUGGAAUCGAAAAGAAGAGGUUGAGUUCCUCCGAGUGCUCAAAUCGUACGGUGUUAAAGCGCCAAAAGGAGAUCAGACUGGCGAGGAUUGGACGGUGUUCCGCACUUUUUCACCAAUGUUUGAGAAGAGAAGCGACGAGGAACUCCAUGAGCAUUUCAUGUGUGUCCUGGCGAUGUGCAAACGGGCUCAAGGGAAUAACGACUUGAAGCCGAUCGAUUUGAAACGAGCAAUGUCGAUUGAUCCAAUUGCUCAUCGUAAAGCUAUCAAGCUGCUGAAUCGGAUUAAUGUGAUGAGGAAGGUGCAUACGUUGGCUGAGAGUUUGACAGUGGCGAGUUUGAUGAAUUGUCAAACGACUGGAAUGCCAAGUGGAUGGAGUACCGAGCAUGAUAAGGAGCUCAUUGAGAUUUGCGCUCAAGGUGGAUUGGAUGGACUUGCUGCUAAUGUUUUGAAUAAACCAGCGUUUGCAAAGAUCGUCCGUCCCUCGGAAACCACACUUCUCCGCCGAGUCAUUGAAAUCGUCACCACAGUUGAAACUGGAAAAUGGUGUGGUGUCGCCGACGUGGAAGCUGUCAACGAUAGUGAUAGUGAAGACAAGAAGGAGAUGGCUGUUGCUGCUGCCCAGGCUCAAUUCCUUCAACGGAUGCAACAACAACAACUUCAGCAACAAGCGUCAUCUGCAUCCGCAGCUAACUCGGCUAACCGAAAGGCCGCGAAUAGAAAGCGACCGAACAACGACAACGAGGCCAAGAUGCGAGCCAUGCAGCAAAUGUUGAUGGGUGCGGCAGGAGGUGCAGGAGGCGCUGAGUAUGCUAACAUGAUCGCUCUAAUGCUGAUGCCACAGAUGAUGGCGGCAGCAGGUGGAGGACAGAACAUGACUGCUGCUCAGCAACAAACAAUCAACCAAAUGCUGACAAUGCUGGUGGCUAGUGCGAUGCAACAACAACAACCAAACACGUCGAAAUCAUCUAGCAGUCAACAAGCCCAACAACAAGCUCAACUUCAAGCCGCUGUGGUUGCCUUGGCUCAAUUGGCACAGGCAACCAGUAGUACUAGUAAUAGUGUCCCUGGAUCUUCUUCUGCUGCAUCUACUGCCGAUCAGCAAAAUGCUGCUAUCCUCGAGGCUCUUAUGGCGAUGGCUCUGCAACCUGGAGCUAUGCAAGCAAUGGCUUCUUCUGGAACAUCUACUCCAUCUGCAGCGAAGAAGGCUAAACCAACGCCUGCGCCAACACCAAAGCAAGACACUGCACAGGCUACAGCUACAGCUCAGGCUGCUGCACUUGCUGCUGCCGCUGCCGCUGCUCAACAACAACAGCAACAACAAGCUCAAGCCGCUCAACAGGCACAACAAGCUCAAGUGACGAAGAGUCAGGAGGAGUUGAUAAUUCUUCGAAUUCUGGAGAUUGCUGGUGUUGGAAUGAACGAGCUCGCCAAGCUGAAUACGAUGUCAAAGGAGUCCAAAAUUCCAAUGGUUCACAAGACAACCAAAGAACCAUUACCGGAAGCGAAGCGGCCUCAAAUUCGCGACCUAACUGUAUUCGCCAUGUCACAUCCAGAAUGGACGAUCGAUCUUACAUUGUUCAAGGAUAUGCCUGGAUCUAGUACUUCUUCCGCAACAAUUGCCGCUGGAGCAAAGGCUGCUAGUAACCGACCAACACCAGUUGCCACUCCAAAAGCUCCUACUCCGGCACCAAAAGAACCUCAAACCCCAUCCGCUUCUGCCACGUGUAAUAUCAAAGUGGGCAAUAGCCUCCAAUUAGAUAACAUGAUCUCCGUGUUCAAUCGGAAGACUGGAGAACCAUUGGCAGCUUCCAAAUGGCCGAAGAGUGAGAAUCUUGCCGCAUGGCUUGACGCGAAUCCGGACUACAAUGUGAAUAGUCAGUCUGCACUGCCAGCUCAUCUAGCGUUGAAUGGAAAGCAUACUGAUCGAAUUGGAGGGGAACCUGCUGUAGUCCCAUCGGUACCAACUACUCCAGCACCAGCGUUGACACCUUCUACACCAACGACCACUGCUCAAGUGAAUGCUCAAACACAACUGACGAAUGCUCAAGCAGCUCAACUGAUGGCAUUGGCUGCUGCUCAACAGGUUCAACAACAGCAGACGCCGACUUCCAGCAAGUCCCGAAGUGGUAAGUUUUACAAUUUAAAUCGAAUGCGCUCUAACGAAUCCAAAGUACUUAUAGCUAAUGCUGCCGCCCAAGCCGCCGCCGCUCAGUCCCAACAGGAUAAGAUCACGCAACAGCAAUUGGAAAUGCUUCAAAUGCAGAUGAUCCUUCAACAGUAUCAACAGGCGGCAGCCAUUCAGCAGUUGAUGUACGGUGGAUACAAUAUGCCAUCCACGUCGUCUGCUUCUUCAACAAACAAUCAAGCAGCAACGAUGGCAGCGUUGGCUGCAGCACAAGCAGCGCAAGUUGCAUCCGUGCCAAGUACACCAACGACCAAACAGCCAAAGUUCCAAGCUGCCUCCUCAACAGCAUCCACGUCUUCGGCUCCUGCUCCAGCUGCAACAUCAUCAGCCACCCCCGCUGCUGCUUCUUCUUCUACGCCAUCCGCGUCUCAAGCAGCUGCCACCUCAUCAGCAAACUCAAUGGACGAUAUCAACCCAUUGCUCCUCACAGCGCUUCUUCAGAAUCCACAAGUCCUAAAUCAGAUGAUAAUGUCGGAUCCGAAUACGUUGGCUAUGUUCGCAGCGGCUGCUCAGCAACAGCCGUCGAGUACUAAGAAGUCUAAAUAG